GUUUACAUUCUGGUAAAAUUCAAAUUCUUUUGUUUUUAUUGUUUCAAAAGCAUCUUUUGUUUUUUCUAGGUAUCAUAUGUUCGGUGAUACAAUUAAUACAUUAAAUAUUCAUAUACGUUCUGGUGGUAUUGAUACAUUAAUAUGGUCAUUACAAGGAAAUCAAGGUGAUCAAUGGCGACAAGGAACAGCUUAUUUACCAACAUGUGCAUCAGAAUUUAAUGUUAUUGUUGAAGGUAUACGUGGUACAUCAUUUACAGGUGAUAUAGCUUUAGAUGAUUUUCGUUUUGAACAAUGUUAUGAAGAACCUCCAUUACCAAUAUGUGCACAAGCUGUUGGAGAUCCAAAUCAAUUUAUGUGUCAAAGCAAACAUUGUAUAUU